UACGAGGGCCCCAAUUCCUAAUUUUCAUUAUCACCAUUCGCCCUCUUUUCUUCUUCUAUAGACCGAAAACAUCUAAACUGCAAAUGUCGCAGGAGCCUUGACGUCAGUCAUGUCUCGGUACGAUGUCCUGAGGCGGGAAGAGGCCGUCGGCGCCGGACGCGCGGCCGCCCAAGCCGGUGUUGUCGGAGCCGCACGCUGGGGUGUCGGCUUCGCGAUCCUGGGCGGCAUCGGCUAUGCCAUAUCGCCGAUAUAUAGGGGGUUGACGAUUCAAUUCAAGACUUACAUUCAAAUGUCGGGCAUGGUAUUUGGCGGCAUGAUCGAGGCAGACAGGGGACUCAGGAGUUUCGAGGCUGAGCAGAGGUCGCGGAGGCGAGCGGCCAGGAAUCAAGUCGCGUGGGAGGCGUAUGAGAAGGAGUUGAGGGCGCUCGAAGGUGAGGAGGAUAUGAAUUUUCCGGACCAAAGGCAGGGAACCAAGGGCAGUGAAACCCUUAGCAAGCCAGGCGACGCAUCAGACUCGAAGUAAAAAGAGUCUCGAGAUGAGCGGGCUCAGGAUUGCACAUCCACAGCAAUGUACAGGCUGGUCCAAGUUAUCCACUCCGACUCGGUGCAAUCAACACACUCCUAUAUCGUACUUGAUCUUCAAUUAAGUCUAAAAAAAAACAUUCAAAUAUCAACAAUCA